AUGUCCGUCAAAGUGGCAGUCAGAGUAAGGCCUUAUAAUGCUCGUGAACUUGAGCUGAAUUGCUAAUUGUGUGUGGCUAUGAAUGGUCCAACCACAAUAUUAUUAGAUAUCGAGGAUCCCAAGAAAAAUAGAGAUUUUGCUUUUGAUUAUUCUUUCUGGUCUCAUGAUUCCUUUGAGAAUGAUGAAAACGGAUACAGCAGAGCUAUUCCAGGAACUAAGUACGCCGACUAACAAAUGGUGUUUGACACAGUUGGUUAAGAAAUUUUAAAUAAUGCUUGGUAAGGUUAUCAUUGUUGUCUAUUCGCAUAUGGUUAAACAGGAGCUGGUAAAUCCUAUUCGAUGGUUGGUUAUGGGGCAAAUAAAGGUAUCGUGCCUAUUUCAUGCGAAGAGAUCUUUAAGCGUAUUAAAAAAAAUCCUGAUUCUCAAUUAACUUAUGAGGUGCAAGUCAGUAUGCUUGAAAUUUACAAUGAGAAAGUCCAGGAUCUACUUGUACCAGUUCCCAAAAGACCAACAGGAGGUCUGAAAGUUCGAGAACAUAAAGUUUAUGGAGUGUAUGUAGAAGGACUUACAAAAUACCCUGUUGAUUCCUACGAAGCCAUUGAAGCUAAAAUGGAUGAGGGAAGCAAGCACAGAACUGUUGCUGCAACUUAAAUGAAUGCCUCAUCUUCGAGAGCACACACCAUCAUAUAGAUUGAGUUUAAGGAAAUUAAGAAUGUGGAUGGGAGAAAAUCAGAGAAGCUAUCCGUUAUAAAUUUGGUUGAUCUUGCAGGUUCCGAAAAAGUAGGGAAAACAGGAGCUUAGGGAGAUCGUUUAAAAGAAGCUGGUAAUAUUAACAAAUCAUUAUCUGUUCUGGGAUAAGUUAUUGCAGCUUUGGCAGACAAGGCUAUGGGCAAAGGGAAGAAUGCAGUUGUUCCAUAUAGAGAUUCACAAUUAACCAGAAUCUUGCAAAAUGCCUUGGGAGGUAACUCAAAGACUCUGAUGAUUUGUGCUGUGAGUCCUGCCACUGACAACUACGAAGAGACCUUGAGUACUUUGAGAUACGCAGAUCAAGCCAAAAAGAUUAAGAAUUGUGCAGUUGUCAAUGAAAGUGAUGUCGAUAAGAAGUUAAGAGAAUAACAAGAAGAAAUACAUUCACUAAAAUAACAGUUGAUGAUGUUACAAACACAAUUAAAAGGAGGAGUUAUUAAUCCUGAGAUGUUGAAAUAAUUAUCUUAAAUCCAAGAUGAUAUUGAAACCAACGAGACUAUUAUGCAAGAGAAUUAGGAAUCAUUCGAGUCCAAAUUGUAAAAGUAAAAAUAGAAGGAUGAGGAAGAAGAUGACGAGGAUAUAUAGAAUGAAGGAAUCAAAGAGCAUCCUCAUUUAUUAAACUUGAAUGAAGAUCCAUUACUGAAUAGAAAGAUAUUGAAAUCGUUAAAUUAAGAGGAAACCCACGUUGGAAGACCCAAUGGAAAUCCAACUCCUUAGAUUGUUGUAAAUGCUAUGUGUGUACAACCUAAUCAUGCAAUUAUUACGAAUAAAGAAGGGGUGAUAGAAAUAAGUCCAUUCACUAAAGAAUGUGGCGAUUUCAUUUUUGUUAAUGGUUCUCCUAUCACAGGUCCCACUUUGCUUAAUCAUAAUGACAGACUUAUUUUCGGAACUACAACAACAUUUUUGGUUCAAAUUCCAGGAUCUGAAUAAGUUGAAUAGGGACCUGAAAUUGAUUGGGAAUUAGCAUAGUAGGAAAUGCAAAAGAAGGAGGAAGUAAAGAGAUAGGAACAAUAGAAAUUAGCAGAGAAGCAAGUGCAUGAGGAAAUGCAAAGAAAGAAAUAGGAAUUAGAAGAACAAAGAAAGGAGGAAUAAAGAUUGUAUGAGGAGUAAAUGAAGAAGUAAUAGGAAGAUUUUGAUAUUAAGAUGAAGGCUUUGGAAGAACAAAACAAGGAUAUGUUGAAUAGAGCUUUGAUGGCUGAAGAAGAAAGGAAAUUAAUCGAGGAGAGGAAGAAAUUAGAAGAAGAAACAUUACAAAAAUAAUUAUAAAGAGAAAAGGCUAGGAAGUAAUAUGAGGAUGAAGAAACUAUGAAAAAAUACAGAAUUAAGGAAAAGAAUUUCAUUGAAAAUAAAUUACAAAAGUAUCUGCCUAAAGUACUUGAAGUCAAUUUGAUUGCCAAGGAACUUAAACGUAAUGUUACAUUAGAAGCAAGAUUGAAAUAUGUUUAUGCAGAUGACUAGGAAUAUUCUUAAUUUACUGAAGAAAAUGCUCAGAAAGGAUAAAUAUAAAUAUAGGUUAACAACAAAGAGGAAGGAUAAAUAUACUAUUGGGAUCUACAUAAGUUUUCAAAUAGAUAUUAUAUAAUAAAAGAUUUAUUGGAGAGAUAUUUUGAAUCAAACUAAUUAUUAUAAUUGCCUAAAGAUUAAGAUCCUUUUUGGGAUCCACCUGAAGCAAGAGUAAUUGGUUCUGGUUUCCUUAAAUUAUAAGCUUUAGCUUAUUUAAUGGACAAUCCUUGCGAUUUGACCCUUGUAGGAGAACACUUCUAAUGCGGAACUCUUAAAGUUAAUUUAAUUCCAACAGAUGAAACUGGAUAAAGAAAUUUAUCAGAAGAUAUUGAAGAUGGAAUUGAACCACCAGUGGAAGAUCCCUCAGAAUUGGUUGGCAGAAGAUUUGAUUUCAGAGUUUCAAUCGAAAGUGCACGAUUACCUGAGAAUCUAUGCAAAGAUACAUAUGUUGAAUAUUCAAUCUAAGUUGAGGAGAAAAAGAAAGAAUCAUUUAAAACAAAAACAUUGGCUGGUGCUCAUCCUAAUCCAAUUUAUAAUUAUGAUUAGUAGCAUACAUUUGAUUAACUAUCGGAGACUUAGUUGAACUAUUUGAUUAAUGGAACAAUAUGCUUCAAAGUCUAUGGAUAUGAUGAAAAUAAAAAUAAAGAUGCGAAAAAAAGGGAAAUACCAGUUGAGAAUCUUAUUCCUUAGUAAUAGACUACCUAAUAACAGCAAUAGAUAUAAUAAUAAUCACCUCAACCGACUUAAUAGAUAGAUUAAGCUAAAAAGCAGGAAGAACACAUUGACAUUUUGACCAAAACAAUUAAUUAGACCAAAAACAUCUAAUAAUAACAGGUUUCAUAACAACAACCUAUUAAAUAACCAACAUAAACUACCUAAGUUAAACCACCAAUUGAAAAAUUCGCUCAAAAUUAACCUGUAACACAGCCUAUUAGCAGAUAAUCCAUUAAAGAAUUUGAAGAUCAUACUUCAGAACAAUAACAAAUGAAGGCUAAAUUACAAUAGUAACAAAUGAAUGCUCAAAAACCAAGAAGUUCAUCCCAAGAUAGAACACCUGCAAUGAUGUCAAAAGGAAAACCUGAUCCAAAGAAAGGAACUAAAAAAGACGAUGGAUGCAAUAUAUUCUGAUAAAUACAUAAAUUCAAUAUUAUCA